UUAAAUAAUGGCGAAUUUAUUAACCUUGUUACCCUCAGUGGCAUUGACUUCAAGGUCAUAUGGACUCACUUGACUGGUCUGACCAGAAUGAACAGAGUGGAGCGAGCGGGCCUGCAGGAAAAGUCCACACUGUGUGUGAUACCAUCUGGUGGGGAUCCCCUUGAAUAGCCAACUGUAACAGAACUUCUUGUUCUCUGUUUAAAUAAGUUUCUCUUAUUGCGAAAUGAGUCUCAGGUACAAAAAAUGUGUAAAAUAGGUAUGUGUAUUUAAUUGAAAGAAUACUACUGCGAUGAUUGUCACUGUAUCUAGCACCAGAUUAAGAAACGAAACAUUUACAUCCUUCUUCUAGGAGUAGCCUCUGUCCUGAUUAUUUGGUUAAUCUUUCUCUUGAUUUUUUAAAAAAAUAUUUUAUUUAUUUAUUUUUAGAGAGAGGAGAAGGGAGGGAGAAAGAGAGGGAGAGAAACAUCAAUGUGUGGUUGCCUCUCUUGCACCCCCUACUGGGGACCCGCCCCACAACCCAGACGUGUGACCUGCUUGGGAACAGAACUUGUGACCCUUUGGUUCCCAGGCCAGUGCUCAGUCCACUGAGCCACACCAGUCAGGACUCUCUUCCUUUUAAAAUAAACUUUACACAUCACUGUAUAAAUAUUCACAUGUACAUACAUAUUUACAGCCAUGUACAUGUGCACACACACAAACAUAUCCUCAUAAUAUAUUCCGCUUUGAAUGAAUGGUGUUAAAAACUAAAUUCUUUUCCAAGUAGAUGGUGAGCAUGUUUUAAAGUUCUUUCACCAUUAUUAAGAGUGCUGCAAAGAGCUGGUCUGAAGAGGGUUUAAGGAGCAGGUAUUUAUGUGGUAUUUAGGGAAAGGAAUGCCUCGGUAAAGUUGCUGAGUUACAUACAACUGGUUAAUGUUCCAAAGAGCAACAAAAUCAUACCUUUUGGAUUAAUUUUUCUACCAGCAUACAAAAUCAUAACACCCUGUUAAUUUCUACAGUUAAAUGCAAAGCUUACUCAACUAUAAACGGCGCCUUUAUUAACAGUGGAUUUUUCAUUAAAGAAACUGUGGCAACAAAGUUCCUCCCCCCACCCCCCAGGGCAGAUGAGAUCCAAGCAGGCUUUGUGGGAAUUGCCAGAGCUUUCCGAACGUGAGAUUAAAUUCUGUGCCGUAGCUGUGAGCACACACCCAGCUGUGUGAGGGAGGGACUGUCGCUGUUAGAGGGCCUCCAGGAAGAGAUGAGUGGGACAGAACAGCUGCAGCCUCCCUGCCUUUCACGGGGGCCCUUGCUGAGGGAGUCAGUGGGCAGCGACAGGAGUGGGUCCCAGGAAAUGGGAUUCCCGGUGAGGGGGCACCUGGAGGACUCCAGUGUGGGCCAGGAACGGCCAGGACAGCAGCCAUGCAGUGCCCAGGAGAUGCAGUCCUAGGGUGCAGGGCACCCCGUGUUUCUGCUGCGAGCUCACCCGGCCUUCCUGCAGGGCCCUUCUGUGUGGGACCCUUCUGUGCAGGAAGUGACGGUCCUCUGCUGAGGCAGGCUGCAGGGCUGGAAGCACUGAGGGACCUGCCUCAGCACGUGACCAAGGUCAAGCCGCCGAGCGGAGUGCAGAUGGAAAUCUGGGCCAAGUUCAGGGGCAUUCAGCUCUCAUAUUAGAAAGCUGCCAUAGCAGCCAGGACAGGUCUGCAUGAAGUGGCACCGCCUCCGUCCGGCCUGUCGACCCUCCUCCUCUGCAGGCACAGCUGGCUCCGCGCAGCCCUCCCGCGUCGGAUCUUCCUGCAGCCUCUCUGUUGACAUGGUGGCUCAGGCGGCAGCAGCUCCCUGACAAGAAGAGGAGCCCUUUUCGGAGACUGUGCCUGUCUGCGUGCGCUUUGAUUCUGUCGUCAUACUUGACUGAUAUUUUGGCCGAGAGAGGGGAAGGGACGGAGAAAAGGAGAGAAACAUCAAUGAGUGGCUGCCUCUCACAUGCCCCCCCACUGGGGACCUGGCCUGCAACCCAGGCAUGUGCCCUGACUGGGAAUCAAACCAGCAACCCUUUGGUUCUCAGGCCUACGACCAAUCCAGUGAGCCACACCAGCCAGGUUCCUGUGACGCCAGCGUGGCACUGGUCCGUGCACCCAUGCUGGGGGACCACCGACGCCGAGCAUCCUUCUCCCCGGCCAGCGCGAGUAGCUGGAGAGUGCGUUUUUCCCGACACUGCGAGAAUGCCACUUACCAACCGUGCACACAAAGUAACUGCCCUGGGGUACGAUGUGCUGCAACGAGAACAGCGGAGACACAGCUCGUGAAGGCGCUUCCACCGAGUCUGCCCAGAGGAGGGAACACGGGACCUGGCCAGCAACCUAGGCAUGUGCCCUGACGGGGGGCCGAACCGGCGACCUUUCACUUUGCGGGAUGGUGCCCAAGCUGCUGAACCACACUGACAACGGUGUUCAAUGAGAGGCCGGCGCUGAGGGGGCGGCGAUGGCGGGCUUCCUAGACAACUUCCGGUGGCCAGAAUGCGAGUGUGUGGACUGGAGCGAGAGGAGGAACACCCUGGCCUCCGUGGUGGCGGGGGUGCUGUUUUUCACAGGCUGGUGGGUCAUGAUCGACGCGGCCGUGGUGUACCCCAAGCCGGAGCAGCUGAACCACGCCUUCCACACGUGCGGCGUGUUCUCCACGUUGGCGUUCUUCAUGAUAAACGCCGUGUCCAAUGCCCAGGUGAGAGGGGACAGCUACGAGAGCGGCUGUUUGGGGAGGACAGGGGCUCGAGUUUGGCUCUUCAUCGGGUUCAUGCUGAUGUUUGGGUCACUUAUUGCUUCCAUGUGGAUUCUCUUCGGCGCAUAUGUCACCCAAAAUACCGAGGUUUAUCCAGGACUAGCUGUGUUUUUUCAAAAUGCACUUAUAUUUUCAAGCACCCUGAUCUACAAGUUCGGGAGGACCGAGGAGCUGUGGAGCUGAGCGCCUCCCCGAGCCGUCCUCCUUCAUCACGUUCUGUCUGUAGAUAAGUUUUUACCUUUUAAUAUAGUUUAAACGUUGCCAAACAGAAUAGAUUGUACAUUAAAUGCAUUUCUUUAUACUUUUAUGCUCUGAGUUUUGAAACAGUUUUAUGAAAUUUCUGGGUUUUUUAACGACAAGAUUGUUAAUAUGUAUAUAUGGCUGUAGCGAUGGGACGACGGUGUCUCUUCUGUCCCCGACCAGGGCGGGUCUGUGUCCUGGGCCAGGCCUGUCUCCUGUCAUUUUAGAGUUGCCUCUUCCAUCUCAGUGUCUGGAAGCUGCGAAGACGGACAGAAGGCACAGCCCCGGGCGGCUGAAAUAAGCCCUGAGCCACUGAAAAGGGUAUUUCCGCAAGUUGUACUUCAUUUCGGGUUAAAAAUGAGAUCCUUUUCUUAAGGAAACAUGUUUGUCCUGUGUGUUAAAGAAGCGGACUUUUAUAUGGAGACUUUUUUAUGUGCCUGAAGGACUAGUGUAAAAGCCUGUUUUAGAAACCAUUCCUUUAAGACGAGUUUGUUCGAAAAGGGACAGCUCGUGACCAGAUCAGCCCAGUUUUGCGCGGCUCCUGAGAAAGGCUGUCAGGCAGGUUGGCCACGCGCUUCUUACAAAAGCAGCUUCUACGCCUGUCUCCUGCGGGGACCUCGGCAGCCCGAGCCAGUGGGAGACAAUGGCAGCAUAAAAGCACGAACUCUGCGACAAAAAGUGGAAUAGUUCCGAGGUCAAGCUCCUCUUCCCAAAGAGCAUUCCUGCAGCCCAGUGACCGUCAGGCGUGUCAUCUGCUUAGCUGCCAGCGGCAGCCUCUUUUUGCUCCAGCUCUGGGCGAGAGCUUCCAGCAACAAGUGCGUCUUUAACCCGCAACUUCCCGUCCAGUCCGGCGCUGGGUGUGGUCCCGUGUCUGCACUGCAGCGGCCGCCCGGGCCCACAGGGUCUGCCUGGCCCUUCGUCCUCCAGCAGCUCUCCCAGAGGCUCCCGCCGUGGGAACGCAGCCUCCCCUCCCUCGGGUGCUUCCCGUGCCCAGAGCACCCGGCGUCUAGGGCUGCUAUGCCUUGUCCUGGGACCGCAGGGCUCAUUCCUUCUUCCACAGCGGUUGUUUUUCCUCAGUGUCCACGAAUGUGUCUUGCUUCCAGUCAACUGUAAAACUAAGUCCAUGUUUCCGUUCCCUUGUAACCUGUUGUAACCAAUGACACCCCCACACUGUGAUGUCAUUAAACAUGUCGGAGAAAACAA